CAGGGUGGGCAACAGUGCAUCCCAGCUGGGUCAAUCACCAGGGAGGGCAAGAGAGAGGGUAGUGUUGGGAAGAUAUGGUUAAGUUUCAACCUGCCACUACCAUCCUCAUACUUCACAAGGGGCACAGAGAGAAGAGGAGCGCGGGAAAAGGCAGGGGCGGGGGCAGGGGGGCGAGCGCGUAGUGGGCCGUCCGCACACUGAGCGCGCCACGCGGCGCCUCCAGAGGUGGGGGCCUCGCACUGGGGCUGGGGCGCCGCACGCUCCACCUCCUGCUCUUCUCCGGCUCGCGCGGCUGCUACUACUGCCUCGGCUCCUCCUCGCAGUCCCAGGUCGCGCCUUGGCAGCUGGAGAUGUUUAACCGGGCAGUCAGCAGGCUCAGCAGGAAGCGGCCGCCUUCAGAUAUACAUGAUGGUGAUGGGACUCCUAGCAGCAGCCACCAGAAUGUAAAAGGCACUGCAAAAUGGGCAACCUCCUUGGAGAACUUGCUUGAAGAUCCAGAGGGAAUUAAACGUUUUAGGGAAUUUUUGAAAAAAGAAUUUAGUGAAGAAAAUGUCUUGUUUUGGCUAGCAUGUGAAGACUUUAAGAAAAUUCAAGAUAAGAAACAGAUGCAAGAAAAGGCAAAAGAAAUUUACAUGACUUUCCUCUCCAGUAAAGCCUCAUCACAAGUUAAUGUGGAGGGACAGUCUCGCCUAAAUGAGAAGAUCCUAGAGGAGCCUCAUCCUUUGAUGUUUCAGAAGCUGCAGGACCAGGGAAUUGCAUCCACAUACACACAAAACCGGGUACAAGAAUGCAGAAGAUGAUCGAGCAUCAGGCAAAUAUGAGGAAGAGGAGAUCUGGAAGAUUUUCGAAUUACAGCACAAACUGAGUGAGCUACAUGAAUCCGGAGCUGCAGUACAAGCCGGACCACUAGACUUCUCACUUCAUGACCUGAACCCAGGAGACAACGUGUAUAUAAAGAACUUCCAGUGUACGGGAGCAACCCAGCCUUCCUGGGAAGGACCAUUCCAAAUAUUGUUAACUACUCCAACAUCUAUAAAGGUUGGAGAAAAGGACUCUUGGAUUCAUUGCUCACAUGUAAAGAGAGCAUCUUCUGUUGAGACUGAUUGACUGUAUCCUAUACAUGCAUUGGAGAUAACUACCCAUUGACAAGUGGAACUGUUUUAUUCUGCUUUUGACACAUUGAAUUCCUAAAUUUAUUUUUUUCUUUUUUCUUUUUUCUCUUUUCCUUAUUUUAUUAUUAUUAUUCUUUUAUUAAAAUAUUUUAUUUUUUCCCCUUUUUCUUUUGUUUUCUUUUGUUUUUUAUUUUGUUUUGGAUUAAUUCAUACACCCCCACAUCUAAACCUUGCAUCCUCAGCUGGACUCAGUGUUUUUUUCAACACUUUCUUCAGGGGGGAUUGUAUUUUCACAAAAUCCAAGAUUUAAAUUUAUUUGAGAUAGAUCUUCAGAGAAGAAGUUUGCUAAUUCCUAAAUCCAGAGAAUGGAACUGUUGCAGAAAGAUGCCAAAAAACCUACAUUACAUCAAGAAGAAGAAUGAACCUUGGGGUGUGGUUGAUUGAACUGAAGGUUGAUUGAAUUUAUUUUGAAUGUACACUCUUCUGCCAAAGGGGACUGUCCCCUAAUUGGCUUUUGUCAAUGUGCCCAGCAAAACAUUGGUUUUGCUGUCUCUCUCUCCAUCUCUCCUAUUUUUCCCUUAUCUCUAACUAUUGUAAUUUCCUAGCUGGUAUGUUUACCAGACCCAUCAGAGAGACUAGUCUUCCUCGGGCCUCAGGGGGGAUUGUGAAUUUCAAACCAACUCCACCCUGUUCAGACCAUUCUUUGGAGGAUGGGAUUUAGCUAUUUCCUACAGAGUCAUGUCUUGGAAACUGCAGUCUCCACUCUACUCAGGUAGAGAUUAGGAAGGGCUGCAGCAAAACUCAAGAUUUAAUUAUUUGAGAAUAUGGCCCUCAACAGACAUAUGCAAAAAAAGGACAGACCUCUGGGCGGUCCUAGGUCAAACUAGAGCCACCAUUGGGACUUGUGAGGCACAGGAAGUGAGGGAGGGAACAGCCUCUGGAAUUCGCUCACUUCCUGGGGACAGGGCGAGACGGGAGUUCAUGCUAGGAGCUUGAGCAGGGAGGAGGCCCGCAGACAGCUUCCCUUGAGAUUGAUCACGCGAAUCAAGGACUGAUUCUUCUUCUCUACCUUGGCCCCUUUGGGCCUAAUCUCCCUCUGCCUUGGCCAGAGGUUGAGUAACCCCUUUCCCUUUUCUCCUCUCUCCUUCUCUCCCUCUCCCUUUCUUACUCCCAUUGUGAUUAAACCACCACAAACUCUG